GCUCUGCGCCAGACUACUACAAAAAGAAAAAACUUUUGCGCAAAACAAAAUAACAUUCGGCUAUAUUAAAACAUAUAUGUAAAGCAAAUAGAAAACAUUUAGUAUAUGCUUUAGCGUAUGCCCAGAUUAUAUCACACUCAACGACGCGUGGGGCCAGCAAUAUGACAGCAGUUCCAGCGGACGCCAAGCUAAUUGGACACAAUGAGCAACAGCAACAGCAACAACAACCACAAGAACAGCACGAACAGCCGAUGGACGUGCGCAUCAAUAUGCCCUGGGGCUAUGUGGUAGGCCGCUGGUAUGGCAAUCGACAGGUACGCCCGAUACUGGCCCUGCACGGCUGGCUGGACAAUUUGGGCACUUGGAAUACGCUGCUGCCGCUGCUGCCCAAACACCUGGGCGUCCUCUGCAUUGAUCUGCCUGGCCAUGGGUAUUCGUCGAAGCUGCCGGAGGGGAUUGCCUAUCAUUUUGUGGACUACCUGUGCGUGAUACUGCGCAUCAUGGAGGAAUAUGGCUGGCAGAAGGUCUCGCUGAUGGCCCACUCCAUGAGCGCCAUGCUGUGCUUCAUCUUCGCCUCGCUCUACCCGCACCGCCUGGACAUGCUGAUCAGCAUUGACAUUGUGAAGACGCGCUACCGCAAGCCGCCCUCGCAAAUCGAUUACCUGCGCACCAACAUCGAGCGCUACAUGAUCGAGGACGAGCGGUUCGCGAACGCCAAGCGCCAGGAGCCGCCCGCGUACACUUGGCAGGAGCUGGAGCACGUGCUGCACAAGGGCUCAGCGGGCUCGGUGCCCCUGGAGAACUGCCAUCACAUCCUCGACCGCAAUGUGGCCAAGUCGACCAAGUAUCCGGACAAAUACUUCUUCUCCCGCGACGGCCGCUGCAAGUACUACUUCGAGUUCCACACCAGCCCCCCCUUCGCCGCGGAGCUGGCGCGCACCAUACGCAACGUGCCCUAUUGUGUGAUCAAGGGCUCCGAGUCGAACUUCAUUGACGACGAGAGCCAGGAGGUUAUUGACAUACUGCGCUCCAAUAAUCCACACUUUGAGCUGCACGAGGUGCAGGGCACCCACCACGUGCACCUGAACAAUGCGCAGGGCGUGGCCGAGGUAAUCAAUCCGUUCAUAAUGCACCACAGACCGCCCCACCUGGAGACCUGGACGGUGGAUGAGAAAGAGGAGCUGCCCGAGGUGGUGCAGCAGUUCGCCCUGGCCGUCGACGAGGCGGAGAACGUGAAGCGCCGCAAGAGAAAAAGCAACCUCUAGCUGUUGCACCCAUCUCUGAGGCGAGGCGACAGUGCGAGCCGGAAUCUAUCUAGAAAUUUAAAUCAAUCAAAGCGUAGUUAAGCCCAAA